AUGGUCGAUUGGGCGAUUGGGCGCGCUCCACGGCUGCACUACGUGGCCGCGUGUAGCGCUGCCAUUAUCGUAAUCGUGAUCGGAAAAUGUAGGGGGGCGUUGCACAACAGCCCCGGCAGAGCCGAGCGAGCGACGUUUCAACGCGAUCAUUACCACCGCUUUAUCGGAAUUCAUUUUGUUUACGGCGCGCGUUGCGACCUACGCCGCCACCGCUAUGCGUUCGGAGCGGCUUUGGUGUGGACCGUGCUCGCCUUCCAGCAGCUAGCCAGGCCAUCACUCGGCCACCACUCGGCCUCGGAAGGCUAUACUUACUUCGUGGUGGCGAUCCGCACUCCGCACGCUCAUACUGGGCGGGGGCACCUCCUUGGGCAGUAUUACAUCGGAAUCUGUACGUACACUAAC